AACAGCCGCACCGAGUACACCAGGGCUCUGGUUCAAAACCAGUGCCACCCAUGAUUCCAAGACAUCCUUGAAAACCCUUGCUAGCAAUCCCAAUGGCGUCCCUCGCCCCUCUCAUGAACCAGCCCCACGCUGCAUUCCGCGCAAAUCUUUCUCUUCAGAGAUGCCGCCGCCUCUCCCUCUGCUCUCUGCUUCCCCCCUCCUCCUCCUUCUCCUUCUCCUGCUCCAGGCCCUUUUCCUCAUCAGCGACGUCGCGCAUCUUCACUGUUGCUCCGAAUCUCUUGUUCAGAUGCUUUGUCCUCUCUCGUUUCUCCCCUGUCUCCGGCGGCUGGUCCAUUUUCAAUGCUGGCAAUCUUCGAAGCUCUCAUCACCAGUUCGUCCGUCACGCGACCGCCGCUGCUGCUGAAAUCCAAGUAGAUCAGGUGCCAACCUCUGAAAAGACAAGUAAAGGUCGUGUAUAUCAUGAGACAUAUGGAUGUCAAAUGAAUAUCAAUGACAUGGAAAUCGUACUUUCUAUCAUGAAGAAUGCUGGGUAUGAGGAAAUUGUGUCAGACCCUGAGAAUGCAGAGCUCAUUUUCAUCAACACAUGUGCCAUUAGGGACAAUGCUGAACAGAAAGUGUGGCAGAGGCUUAACUACUUCUGGUUUCUAAAAAGAGAAUGGAAGAGCAAUGUAGCAACAGGUAGGUCACAGUCUAAGCAUCCUCCAAAGAUAGUGGUUCUUGGAUGUAUGGCUGAGAGGUUGAAAGACAAAAUAUUGGAUGCAGAUAAGAUGGUGGAUGUAGUAUGUGGACCAGAUGCGUAUAGGGAUCUGCCCCGUCUACUAGAAGCAGUUGAUUAUGGGCAAAAGGGAAUCAACACUCUUCUUUCUCUUGAGGAAACUUAUGCUGAUAUCAGUCCAGUAAGGAUUGCAAGCAACUCAGUUACUGCUUUUGUUUCGAUAAUGAGGGGAUGCAACAAUAUGUGUUCAUUUUGCAUAGUCCCUUUUACUCGUGGCAGAGAGAGAUCUCGCCCAGUGGAAUCAAUAGUAAGAGAGGUUGGUGAGCUUUGGCAACAGGGCGUAAAGGAAGUCAUGCUUCUUGGUCAGAAUGUGAAUAGUUACAAUGACGCGUCAGGAGUUCAGGAUGUUGUUCCAGGAUCAAAUUGGCAACUAAGUGAAGGAUUUUCCAGCAUGUGCAAAGUGAAGACCAUGGGAUUAAGAUUUUCUGAUCUGUUGGAUCAGCUGUCCACAGAGUUUCCUGAGAUGCGCUUCCGAUAUACCUCCCCGCAUCCAAAGGACUUUCCAGAUGAUUUACUAUUUAUAAUGAGAGAGAGAUACAAUAUCUGUAAAAGUAUACAUUUGCCAGCACAAACAGGAAGUACUAGUGUACUUGAGAGAAUGCGUCGAGGAUAUACAAGAGAAGCAUACCUGGACCUUGUGCAUAAAAUACGAGACAUAAUUCCAGAUGUGGGGAUUAGCAGUGAUUUCAUAUGUGGAUUUUGUGGAGAAACAGAGGAAGAACAUGCUGAUACACUAAGCCUUGUAAAAGCUGUUGGUUAUGAUAUGGCCUACAUGUUUGCAUACAGCAUGAGGGAAAGAACUCAUGCUCACCGAAAUUAUGUAGAUGAUGUCCCGGAGAAUAUAAAGCAAAGACGACUCAUGGAACUUAUUGAUGUCUUUCGUGAAAGCACUGGACAGCGGUAUGAUUUACAGGUUGGAACCACCCAACUUAUUUUAGUUGAGGGGCCCAAUAAGAGAGCCCCGGAGACUGAACUCAUUGGAAAGACAGAUAGAGGUCAUAGAGUCUCUUUUGUUAAUGUUCCGCUUCGUCAUUCGUUUGAUGAUGAUGGGGAGAGGAACCCAAUUGUUGGAGAUUUUGUGGAAGUAUACAUUUUGAAAUCGACAAGGGCAUCUUUGUUUGGUGAAGCUAAAAAACGCACCAGGUUGAGCCUGUUUCAGCAGGUUUCUCCUGCUUCUGGAGAUACAAUCAAGGUUUGAGUUGAAAUUCUGAAUUUUAUUAAUGUAUCAAGAUCCCUUUUGAAGAUGUGGUUGUAUCAAAAUUAAUUGGUUAUUAGUUCUAAUGCUUUGCUUGUUUGAAGGUUUGGAAAGGUUUUAUAAAGUAUGGUAAGGUAUGGUAAGGUAUGGUAAAUGAGGUUGUAAACCAUAUCUUGCUUGGGACAAAGGUAGAGUAAAUGAAGGUUUAUGAACCA